AUGAAUAUAGUUUCAGCAAAUAAGACCGAGCACACCACCGUGUCAGGUUCUGUUGAGGCCGUAGCGCCAACAGAUGAUCCGGAGGAUAUCUUCGAAGCAUCCUUGGAGGGCCUGUUCGACCUUGCACCGAUAACCCACUCAUCCGCCGGAUCCGUCUACACGUAUCACACACCGUCUACUCGACUACCUCCCUACUCCAUCGUCCUCUCCACGCCGGAUACCCGUGCCGAGAACUGGUCCCUUCAUGCCUCAUCCAUCUGGGUUUCCUCCCUCUACAUCUCUGACCAUAUCGAAGAGCUUCAUCUCGAGGACACUUCACCAGGAACGUUGUCGGGUCAUCUUCACGUUCUCGAGCUAGGAGCGGGGGCUGGUCUUCCAGGGAUCCUCAUCGCGAAAACCUAUCCACGCUUCGCUCGUGUUACGUCAAGCGAUUAUCCCGAUGAAGACUUGAUAUCCACAUUGCAACAAAACGUGGGUCGUAACAACGUUCAGGAUCGAUGUCGAGUUGUUCCCUUCGCGUGGAGCUCGAAUGCCUCUAGCCUUUUCCCAAAACUUGACGGCUCCGACGAUCCUUCUCGAACAGUAAAAGGCUUCGACGUGAUCGUCGCGGCAGAUACGCUGUGGAAUCCUGACUUUCACGGGCUCUUCAUCGACACGCUCGUUUUGGCUCUCACACGGACAGCAGAUGCGCGAAUACAUUUGGUGGCAGGGAUGCACACGGGCAGAUACACUAUUCAGAGCUUCUUGAAUGCCGUAUCUAAGAAUACGGGGCUCGAGAUUGUGGAGGUCACUGAAAGGAGUGUGAAGGGCGAGUCAAGGAGGGACUGGGAUGUGGGACGAGCGGAGGGAGAAGAUGAGAGAGAACGAAGGCGUUGGGUUACGACAAAUUAUACACAGGAUCUUCCGCAAAAUCCACGAGGCUAG